AUGGCCACCCAAGAUCUCGAAGCCCACAAGCUCUUCCAGGUCGAAGGCUACGUCGCCGUCGUCACCGGUGGCGGCACGGGCAUCGGCCUCAUGGCCGCGCAGACGCUCGCAGCAAACGGGGCCCGCGUUUAUAUCAUCGGCCGGCGCAAGGAUGUCCUCGAGGCGGCAGCCAUGAAGUACAGCUCCAAGGGGGAGAUAGUACCGCUACCCGGCGACAUCUCCCACCCAGACGGCAUCCAAGCCAUCGCCGACCUGCUCUCCGAGCUGGAAUCCUCGGGCAUCAACAUCCUGAUCAACAACGCGGGUGCCGCCCCGGAACACACCGCCAAACACUCGACAAGCAGCACGGAUCUGACCUCUUCCCAUGCGAUCUCGAAAUGGAUGAUCGCCGACGGCGUCUCAGCCUGGCAUACCAGCUACGUGGCGAAUGUCGCGAGUCACCAUUUCCUAACAGCCUCCUUGUUGCCGUUACUCGAUAAAGCCAAGGAAGCAGCCCCAGGACAUACAAGCUGCGUGAUCAAUAUUGCCAGUGUGGCCGGGUUGACCAAGACGCACUCGAUGGGCCAGUUCGCUUACUCGAGUAGCAAGGCGGCGUUGAUCCAUCUCACGCGCGAGUGGGCGCAUACCUUCCUCCCAUUGCAGGUGAGGGUGAAUUGUCUUGCGCCGGGGUUGUUUCCGUCUGAGAUGUCGACGGAGACGAGAGCAGAUGAGAAUCAGAAAUCGCGGUUUAAAGAGGGGGUGGGCAGCUCUUUGCCGGCGGGCCGCGUGGGGUGUGAAUCGGAUAUAGGAAGCGUGAUUCUCUGGCUGGCGAGUCGCGCAGGAACGUAUGUGAACGGGCAGGUGGUCCAUGUCGAUGGAGGUGUGUAUUGCUUGCAUUCAUUGCUCGUAUUCAUUGCUUGUAGUCCUGGCUAUGCUAAUAGAGUAGGUCUACUUCUCAAGUCUCCCUCGGCAAUGUAA